CCCUGCCUCGUCGCAGAAUGCCCCGGGCCCUCCUGGCGGGCCUGGUGCUGCUCCUGAUGGCCGGCCACCUCGUCGUGCUUGCCGCAUCAUCGUCCUAUUCUUCUUCUUCCUCUUCUUUUACUGUCGCCCAUACCAAUAGCCACAUCACCCCCACCACGACCAGCACCACCACGACCACAAAACCAAGUGUUCGACCAUUGCAGAAGCAGCAGCCGCCAUUUCCACCCUUUCUACUACCGUUCGCAGAAGGACAUCAACAACAGCAAGAUCAAGAACAAGCAGCAGCAGCAGCAGCACCUCUCGAAAUCAUCAACCCUUGGUUGUCGGCGUGCGACCUGCAGCCCGCGAGCGCCACCGACUUGCAGGGCGCGUGCUCCGCCACCAUGUGGGGCCCCGGGACAAGUAUGUGCCUGCCUUCAUGUAGGCGCGGCAACGACGUUCACGCUGAUGACAUUUUGUUUGCUGCUAGUAAAAAUAAAAAUAAUAAUAAUAAAAAACGUAACAGUAACAGUACUAGUAAUCAGUGCCUUUUUUAUUUGGAAGAAUCGCACAAAGACGUGGUGUGCGACCAUCGUCGCGGCUACUCUCCGGAAGAACGACGGGAUGUGCUCGAAAAGCUCAGGAUCCGGCAUUGUUGCGAGCACUCCGUCCUGUCCGCGUUGCCGUUUCCCGCGGUGCCGGGGGACCACGACGACGUGCUUCGUAACGACGACGCCUGCCACCGGCUGCUCGAUGCUCUGCUCGAGGUGGACGCGCUCGCCGCGCGGAUGUCCUGCGAAUACGCGGAAGUGCUCACUCGUUACGAUUGCGGACAAAACUAUUCCAUAGCACACAACUGCAACGACUGCCAGGAGGCGUACCGUCAAUGGGUGUGCAGUUCACUGGUGCCUCAUUUUGCCACGGGCGUCGACAGUGGCGCGUUCAAAAACGGCGCCCGGCGUCUACGUCCAUGCCGCAGCGUUUGCCAGGCGGUUGAGCAGCGAUGCCCGUACAUGUUACCAGGCGAUCGUGCGCCUGCACAUCCUACUCAGUACGCCGGCGAGCCUACAUUUCUUUGCCUAGAUCCGAAUAUCCCGGAGACGGGAGAGCAGCGAGCGAAAUCGUCACACGGAGACGAAGACUGCUGUUACACUCAUUGCGGCACCCCCGGUAGAGGGUUGUGCGUGCAAUGUCCUGGGGCGACGAACAAGACCCAGCCAUCGGAGCCAUUCAACGAUACCCCAGUGCCAGUAAGGUGUGCGGCAGGUACCGCACCACCGAAGUCCUCGAACUGCAAGGCGACCGCCACCGCAACAACAACAACAACCACCAUCAGCACCACCACAACCACAACCACUAGCACCAGCACAACGUCAACAACAAGAGCGGCGACUGCGCACGCGGUCAGCGCAGCAAGAACUCACUUUUGCCAUUUUCAUCUCGUAUGCGCGUGGUGGACUGCGUGUACUAUUGUCUUGUUCUCUUAUUAUUCGCGAACGAUCAGCGACGUUCUGCUACAAUUGUUGGUUCUGUGCGCGAACUGUGUGCGGACACCCUUAUCAAGAAUUAAAACUAAAUGGAGAUCGUGUUCAUAGAAUUAGGCUUGUUAGACGACUAUGUGUUCCGACAUCGAUAUUACUGUUCCAUUUUGGCUCGAGCUGGAAGACUUCACUUUUCACUAAUUAUAAUACGAGUACUCAGUUAUUUGCCAAUUUUAAUAAAAAGUUGUUUUAAAGGUGGAAUUGACGGGUACUCGAAACAAUUGUUACUAAAGGGACGUGACGGAUGUGCACGAAGGCAUAGAAAAGCCAAACGUAAUUGUUUUCUUAAAAAUUCGACUUGUAACUGAAAUUAUAACAUGCAAUUCGAAAUUUCGACUUUCAACUAGAAAUUUGAAAAAAAGGAACUGCAAAUUUCCACUUGUAACUCGAAAUUUACACUCAUUUCGUUUGUGUUGUCUUUACCUACCGUAACUUCCAUUAGUUUAUGGCCUUAUCGUUCUUGUUUUAGCCCUACACAUUCUAUUAUUUACGCGGUUGAACCAAAUCUAAUCUAAUCUAGUCUAAAGCAGUUGAAUCGCAAACAACAAUCGUCAUAACAAUGAGAGGUUGAAAGUUGUAAGUCGAAAUUCAGAGUUGCAAGUUGAAAUUUCGGGUUACAUACGCCGGAAUUUCGAGUUGCAAGUCGAUAUUUCAAAAAAACAAAUGAUGUUUAGCCCAUAAAAAUAUUGCCUUGAGUAUUACUCUUAAUCCACCUACGGUUUACUUGCGAUGUACACCUAAUAUCGUAUUUUUAUUUAUUCGGCCUAGAAGUUAAUGAAAAAGUUGCACAAAUAGAUUAUAUAAUGUACAAUACUGUAUAAGUAGACAUAUUAUGUAGGUUUAUUAUGUACAAUGAUGCUCACGGUGACGGAAGUUUUCUUCGCGUCUUGCAGCUCUUGCCAACGCGGAAAAUUGUGAACAUUUUAGACAAAAUAUCUUCAUGCACAUAGAAAUUAUAACAAUAGGACUGCAAUACAAAUAAAUAUAAAAAAAAAAGAGUCAGAAAAAUACCGACAAGUCAAUUACAAUCUCGGUAUUGUUGUAGGAAUUGACUGGCGCGAGCCAAGUGUACAACUGUUUACAUUCUUAUUAUUCUUUUUUAGCGAGAUGGUAUUUUUAACUGUAAUUACGUAAUUAUCUAUUAAUUAGAUAGGGAUUGGUAUUAACUGACUCUGGUUGAUUGUAAUGGCUGUUGCAAGGUAUAUAGAUAUAAAUGAAGUAAAGUAUAAAGAUAUUAUUGUUGAUGUUGACGAUAUACCGUUCAUUUUGAUUGAUUUAUUUUGAUAUAGCGAUGUUUAAGUCGGUCGCAAUAUUUGUUAAAAGAAAAUUGUGAAUGGUCGUCGGGGAAUCAGUCCGUUAUACAGUGGCAGUAUUGUAAAAGAAAAAUCAACGAUUUUAACUGCUUCACGAAAUGUUAAAAUUGCGACUUUUAACGUUUCUGUUUCGCCGAAAAUUAAUUUCAAAGUACUUGCACGCAUCCGCGCCGUGACCGUGUUGGAUUCGUAACGAAGAAAGAAACAUGCUGAGUAUUUUUUUCACGGAUGCUGCACGGUCGCGGCACGAAUGUAUGUAAAUUAGCCUUUAUUCGUGCCGCAUUGGAACAGCCUUAACCGGCCGGUUUUUGUGGUAACUUUUGCGGGUGAGUCUCUUUUUGGACUGUUCAUUUAACAAUCGCGUAUUUUCAAUACAAAACAACAACAAAAAGGGGCGGGUGGUGUUCCAUAUUAAAAUCACUUUUGGAAUUGUCAACUGCCAUAUGUUUCUGGUCAUAAACCACAAUUUAUUAUUUUAAAUUGAGUUAGAGCAACACCAAUAAUGAAAUGUCUUGAAAAUUGUAUGUUCUAUAAAAACCAAAAUUUUAGAGCUUGGUGCACUUUAAAUUAAAAAAGCGUAUGACAAUAAUUGAAUUGGUACCGACUUAACUACUUAAUUAUAAAAAAAUAUAUUAAACCAUAUUUUACAUUAAAAUUUAAAGUAUUGCUGCUUCUUUAAACAAAUAAAGAUAUUUAAUCAAUUGAAAUUUAAGUGGAACACCAGCCUAAUACCUCCACACAAACUAACAAAUAGUAAAUACUUAUCAAAAGCUAAUUUACCUACAAAAACAAACUUUUCGAAUGACGCUCAAGUCCAUCUAAUUGCCAUUUGAUUUUGCGCAACGUAGAAGUAAGAUAGGUGACGUAGCAUUAAAACUAAACAAAAUUAAAAAUUUACUAUAUUAUAAGCACAUAAAUUUGUACUAAAUUAACAAUUUUUUGGUUUUGUAUACGCAAAAAUUGAGAAAAAGGCGGUGAAGAACAACGGAAGGUUAAGAUUUUGUAAGCUUACAGAAGCACUUAUUAAGAACUGGACUAAACUACACAUACAUACGUAGAAAUUUUAACUUCAACCGAGCACCAUACAUCCAAACACUUGUUUCAGUUCAGUGGAAAGUUUCUGACUGCCAAAUCGUCAUCUCUUCAGUGCUUAGUUUUAGUGGUUAUUUCAGAGGAAAAAUAACAAAGAAAAAACACAAUAUCUUCAUAUCAAUCGCAAACUCAAACGUUUAUAUUUUCUAUUUAUUAAUUGUUUAUUGUAUUCGACAAAAUAGUUAUUGCAAUGUAUUUGGAACUAGUUCACGCAACGAUACACUAGAAAUCAUUUUUGCUUUUUGUAAAAAUUUAUACUGAAGAUGUCAGUCUCAGUUGUGACGAAACGUCUACACAUAACGGUUCAUUUAAACCACCACUCCAACCAAAAUCAUAAUUGUAUUAGUUUUAAUGCUGUUUUUCGGUAAUUUUAUUAAAUUACUUUCAGUAAAUAUUCGUAUGGAUUUUGACUUACAGUUACGUAGAUUCCUUACUUUAUAUAGAAUAUGAAAACUAGCUACUAAUUUAAGAUUGAAAAAAAAAACAUUACUUAGUUUCAAAUUAUAGAAGUAAUAUUACUUGUAGACUGUAACAUUAUUAUCUAUUAAAUUCAUAUAAAUAAAUAACAAAAACCACGAUAGAAUCCAAACCUCUUGUUAAAAUCAAAUGCAGAUAUCAUUGCGUGAACUUUUAAUUCUUUAUAGUAAAGCACAAUGCACUCAAAGCACCCAAAAAUAGUAGAUACUACAGUCAAGAACGUUUGUUCAACGUAAACAAGCAGUUCGUGGACAACCCCACUAAAUUCAACGUAAAAUUGAAUUAGCUCAAACAAUUUCACGAUGUUCCAAAAACAUUGCAGUCGAUCAGGUGUGGAGUCUGUUAAAGUUAAAGGUAAAGGUGCAAAUAGUAUAAAUUAAGAAAACAUAAGAGGAUGAUGUUCCUUAAUUGUUAAUUUAAUUCAGGGUAAAAUUUUUGUGUGUUACUUAUUACUCACAUACUUAUUAUGUUUUAAUGUUUUCAAAUUGUAUUACGGCAAUGUUACGGUGAAACGACGAUAGGUACUAAAACUGCUCCUUAUUUUUCAAUGAGAAAGUUUGAUGUACUAGAAAACAAUAACAUCAAAAUACUCAGUAAGAAAAGUACAAUAACACUUGUAAUAUAAUCAAAUGGCUAUAUAAGAAUAUUUAUUACUUAAAAAACAAAAACAAAUACAAUUACAAUACCUAUUACUACAAUUGUAAUCUAUUACACAAUGUUUACGUUUAACAUUUGGUUUUGUAUCCUAGUACAUCAAACUCCUUACCAAAAAGUGAUCAUUAUUCAUGCAUUAAUGAUAAAUUAAAAUCCUUUCAAAGAAGCUGAAACAGAGGUUAAAAAAAAUUGAAAACUUUUGUUUUAAAGUAAUUAAUUUUUCUUGUUUAUUAUUCCGUGUCCAUCACACAACCUCCAAUUUUAUCCAACCAAGAAAGCAGGGUACACCUAAUUAGUCUCAUAAAUAAUACAUUACUUACAUUAAUUUCUUUGAAAGGUUUUCAUCACUACAAAUAAUCAAAAACUUACUUAAUACAUUUCUUAAUUCUCCAAACAAAAAAAUCAAAAACUUGGCGUUGUAAUUUAGGGUAUGUUAGUCAGUGAUUCUUGAUACGCAAGCCUAAAAUAUGAGACUUCUAAGUAUAUAAAUAUUAAUUUGUUAAAUAAUUUACUCAUUGUAUAGCUAACAUCCAACAAACAAGAAUUAUUUUCUUUAUAAAAAGUUAACGCUUUUUAUUAGUUAUCGUUUUAAAAAUUUAAAGGAUCCUGCUAGAUACUGACGGAAAAUUGAUUUUUGUCAAACCCAUUAAGACUUUGGAUUCUGAUAGUUCUCGAAAUGUUGAUCAAAAGUCUCUUAAACUUACAUUCUUCCUCCUAAAGGAUGUUUGGGAGAUAUGUCAAAAUGCUACGAGACAAAUAAAAAUUUGGAAGAACGUUCCUCAUUCAAUU